UUCAAGAUACCAUUUCAGGAGAUCAAUCGAUAAGAUAUCGAUAGAUAUUUUAUUCACUUUUACGAUUUUACGUUUAUAUAUCUGAACUGUGCAAUUCGAAACUAAGUGGAAAACCAGCCAAUCGUAAAUAUGUCUAAAUUUGACGACUUACUCCGGCAACUCGGAACAGGGAAAUGGAACCUGUUGAUCGUGAUCUCUGUGGGCUAUUGGGUGUUCCAAAUCCCCUGCCACAGCAUGGGGGCGGCCUUCCUCACCCCAGAAUUGAACUACAGCUGUCGAAUCCCUCCUGAAGAAAAUGUCGAUAUUCAGGCCGAUAAUGAGACAAGGUCACAGUGCAGUUACAACGUGACCAUCGAAGGCAACACCGAAGAGCACCUCUGCACGCAGUGGGAUUUCGACAACACUACGUAUACCAAUACCAUUACUUCUGAGUUCGAACUGGUGUGCGAAUACAGCUUCUUGAGACCUCUCGUCAAAAGCAUUUACUUCCUGGGCGCUUUCUUCGGGUCGCUUAUCAACGGCUGGCUAACUGACAGAUAUGGUCGGAAGCGCAUGCUGUCCUUGGGCACUGUGGUCUUUGCUGUCUUCGGCAACAUCCUCUGUUGGUUGCCCAACAUCCAUGCAAUCUUGGCUUUUCGCUUUUUCAUGGGAAUCAUGCACCCGACCUCCGUGUUUGCUGGUUACACGCUCUCCAUGGAGACGUGCGAACCGCGUCACAGGUCCAUCGUGGGCAUCCUCAUCUUCCUCCCUUGGUCGCUGUCCAUCAUCGCCCUAGGAGGCUUUGGCUUCGCGCUCAGGGACUGGCGCUGGUUCGUCUUCACGGUGUCUCUGCCCAUGCUGGUGUUCUUGCCGGCGCUGUGGUUCAUGGACGAGUCGCCGCGCUGGCUGAUCGUGCGUGGCCGCCACGAGGCCGCCCUUCGCGUGCUCCAGAGGGCCUCGCGCUGGAACGGAACGAGGCUGCUCCCAGAAAAGGACCUCCGCGCCCUCAUUCACGAUAUACAGAUAGAGGCAGAUGGAGACCUGAAGCAUAACAAGGCUUCUACUCCUGGAUUCCUUGGUUUCCUGCAGCUUGUUGCCAGAGAAGUCACUGCUUUGGUCAGGACAAGGAGGAUGCGCGCCAUAACGCUCUCGCUGUACUCCAACUUCCUCGUGCUUGGUAUGGUGUAUUUCGGGCUCUCUCUCGGCGGCGACAAGUUCGGCGUGGACCCCUUCUUAUACAUGGUGCUGAGCGGGGUCAUGGAGAUCCCUGGCAGCACGGUCCUCAUACCCAUCGUAGAAAAGUUGGGCAGAAGGCCUACCAGUGUCGUCGGCUUCUUCAUCACUGCAGGAGCGCUGCUUGUCCUCGGGGUCACUCCCUCGGGGAUUGACUGGUUGGUGACAGCUAUGGCGAUGAUUGGCAAGUUGGCCAUAUCUGCAGCCUUCCAGGUCGUUUUCCUCCACGCCACUGAGCUGUUCCCGACGACGGUGCGAGUGAGGGGGCUCGGGACCUGCAUCAUGACGGCCCACGUCGGGUCCAUGACAGCUCCUUUCUUGGUGGAAGGACUGGUGAGGAUUGACUGGUUGGUGACAGCUAUGGCGAUGAUUGGCAAGUUGGCCAUAUCUGCAGCCUUCCAGGUCGUUUUCCUCCACGCCACUGAGCUGUUCCCGACGACGGUGCGAGUGAGGGGGCUCGGGACCUGCAUCAUGACGGCCCACGUCGGGUCCAUGACAGCUCCUUUCUUGGUGGAAGGACUGGGCUCCAUUGGCACCUGGCUUCCCCUCGUCGUGUUCGGAGGCGCUUCUCUGCUUGCGGGUUUAAUCAGCCUUAGGCUACCGGAAACCCGUGACGAACCCCUGCAGGAUACUGUGGCUGCCCUCGAGGCUAGUGGUAACACCAGGCAACAAAGGAUAUCAUCGGUGGCCAAACAAGAGGGGAGAGAGGAAUCGAUACCGUUACAAUGACCCCUCCAUCCUGGUAUAAUUCUAGGCAUAGUAAGUUUGACUAUUGUGGGUGCGCAUUGCCUUACUACCGUG